AUGGUUUUGUUAAUAAAAGCACAUCAUAAAUUUUAUUUGCAAGUUCUGUUAUUAUCUUGGUUUUAUGGUUCUGAACCCUGCAAACAUUUUUUUGGCAUUGCUCAUCAAAUUAAUGCUGAUUUUGACUUUGCUGAAUUGAUGCAAAUAAUUCCAAAGAUUUGUCAUUAUAAUAAGGCUUUACAGAAUCAAAAAUUAAAUUUUGAUAAAGAAAAAUCAGUUAGACAAGGUUACCUUUUUGAUUAUAAUAAAGAACAAUUAGAUAAAUUAAUUUUAGAAAAACUAAAAUUAUGGCCUACUGACAAGCAAAUUAUACAAACCAUUCAUUAUUUAUAUUAUUUAGCAUGUAAACUUUCUAAAUCUCUUGAUAUGAUUCAAUUUGUGAAUUUGUUUAUUAAUAGAAAUAAUUUACUUACUGUUAGUUUACACGAAAAUGAAGUUUCAACAUCAUAUAUAUAUAAUGAUACAAACCUAGCUGAUAUUCAAGAAAUUGAUGAUAUUUCUUCUGCAAUAAGCAGUCCAUUGAAAGAAGUAGAUCAAUUUAGUAAUAAUUUAUACAAUGAUGAUUUUUCAUCUAAUAAUAUAUUUCAAAAUAGUCAAAGACAGCUUAAAAUUAUUAAUUAA